AUUUUAAAUCAGGACACGACGUGAGUUGAAACACUUAAUUACAAGUAGAGAAAAAAAAACCUUUUUAAGACAAGACGUCCUUCCCGAUGACGUCAGCGCGAGCGACAUAAACAGCUGAGCCGCCGAGAGGACGCAGCCUCAGGGUGGCGGAUUGCAGCAGGUGGCAAGCACGUUGAAAUCGGCUGUUGGCUGCGAAGGAGACCCUGUGAAUGUCCCAGUAGUUUGGUCAUGGGAUGAAGUAGCUGAUGAAUACUUCGUUUAACCAGUUUAUGGGUGACAAAAGAAGACGAUCACAUAAUCAGGCUGCUCCAGCUAUGCCUGGAGAGAUGGCGGUACAGCUGCUGCCCAGCAGACCCAUGGGAUGUGUGUUGGACAUUAAUGCUCAAGACAUGAAGGUGCCAAACAAGCUGCCGGUGGUUGAUGCAGGGGAUAGCAGCGAGCUAACCAACAAGAUUGACACAUCAGAGAGAUUGACUCAGAGUCAGGAAAGCGGCACUUGUCCCUCACAAGCCAUCCAGCCUUUGAGUUGCAUUCAGAAUGGACUGAAUGGCGAGAAGAAUGGAUAUCCUCCAAACUCUUUUGACCUCGAAGUGAAAAUCCAUGAGCUGACAGCUGCUCUGGAGGCCAGUGGCAAUGCAAACACACAGCUGAUGUCACAGAUACAAAACUUGGAACAUAAAGCACAAGUUCUGUCGGAGACGAUGCGAAAGAACGACAAAGAGAAAACACAAAAAGAGGAAGCGUACCGGAAGGAGUAUGCCCAAUUACAAGAACAACUUGCGGCAUAUGUUGCACAAAACACUGAACUGUGGGAUAAACUCGCUUAUGCACAACGUUUGGCCCAAGACAAAGCUAAUGAGGCCUCCCACUUGGACAGCAGACUGCAAAUUUCUCAUCGUCAUUUGGCGGAAUUGGAGAUUUCUUUCAACAGUGCCGCAGCACACCAUCAGCACUUUGAAAAGUUAUGCAAGAAUUUGGAAAAGCAGAGGAGUGAAAUUAAAAUGGACAUGUACAAAAUAAAGAUCGAAAGGGAUCAGGCAAUUAGAAAGAAUGCAGAACUGAUGGAGAAACUAUCGGACAGCACACAAGACUCUAAAACGCAUCAAUCAGAAUUGCAGGUGAAGACCAAGGAACUGGAAGGAGCAGAGCUCAGGCUCAAAAAGGUGGAGGAGCGUCUGCGGGAAUAUGAAAACGGCCUCGCGAAAACACAAGGCCCUGAGGGCAGUGUCGGAGGGCUUCGGACAAAAGCGGGUGUCUCGGAUGGCGGGAACAUGUAUAUGUCGAUUAGCGGUGACAAGGAUGAAGACAAGGAUGUGUUCAUCAAGUCUCUGAAGGCUCAGAUCGCCAAGCUUGUGGAUGAACGAGAGGAGCUCUUGGAUCACUUUCACGAUCAGGCGGAACGUUUGACAAAUCUGGAAGAGGAGGUAAAGGCGUUUAGCGAACAGAAGCAGGACACAUCCCAACUGCGCAGCGAAAUGAAGCGAGAAAAAGCUGUCUACGCCAAGACUGUGGUUCAGUUGCAGCAGACACUUGAGCAAGUGGAGCGGCAAGAAGCAACAAUAGAAACGCUGAGACACGAGAUUGCUGAACUGAACGUUCAGCUGCAAGCUGAGAAACAAGCCAAUGGUAACAUGGAGCUCCGACUGGUGGAGGCUGUGCGGAGGAGAGACGAGUUGGAGCGAAAGCUCACCGAUCAGGUGAAGGAGCACCAGGAGCUGAUACAAGGGAAUGAUGGUCUGCGGGAGAUGGUGAGGCAUUCGGCCGAAAGGUCUGACCGCGCUUUACCCGAGAUGGAAGCCGUGACCAGGAAGUACCAUAUGCAGACUCAGAUGAUGGAGCAGGUGAUGCACGAAAGCCACCGGGAAAAGAAAGUGAUUGAAGCUCUGCAGGGAGAGAUUAUGAAUGCACAGAUGAGAGAAGGGAAGCUGAAAGAAAAGGCCAAGGCUCUUGUGGAGCAUAUUGCAUUCAUCUCUGAAAAAUCAAGCGCCACGUUUGUGACGAGGUCUGUGUUUGACGCCUUGCAUGCUGACAUGGAGAAGCUGCAGGUUAAAUUUGUCGACAUGAUGGAAGAGAGGGUCACGCUUAUAGAACGGUUGGAUUUGCUUGAAAGUAGGUGCAGAAACCUGCCCGGAGGAGCCAGCAACAUUGGUGAGCUUGGAAUACUGUUCAACCAGCAAGAGAAACACCUUCAGCUCGUGUUAAGUGAAAAGGAAGGCUUGGAGGCCAAGCUGGCAGAGACUCAAGCACUUGCUCAGUGGCUGCUUGCAGAGAGGAACCAGUGGGUGGCUUAUUUCGCAAGUGGCGCAAGAGCGAACGCUGGGCAGUCACUCGCCGACUCGGCCAUUGAGGACGGCAACACUUCAUCAGCCGAAACAUCCGCUGUGUGUGAAACGGGAGCCGCGUUAUGUAGCCAAGGUGGCACUGCGCAGCAUCAGUGACCUAUCGAAUACUUUCCUUGCUACACUUCCACAAGGCAGCUCGUUUAAAGCGGCGAACUCCCUGGGCGUUCGGCAGAAGACACAAGCCCCAAGAGCAACUGUAAUAAUUCCUGCUUCAAGGCUUCCUGCUGCUACGUCGCAGUGUGCUACAAGACAAGGUGGUGUGCAAUUAAUUUGCGUCAUCACCUUGCCAAAGCCAGGUUUCAUAAAAAUCUUCAUUGCUUUCAGCUGGACUUUGCGGUAAACACGGCCUCGUUACUUCAAAGGGCCGCCUUGUCGGAUAUUGACGGAGGGUCCCACAAUUUUACAGGAGCAAAGUUACGUUAAUAAAGCACCUCUCUUGCCCACGUCGUAGACGUUGCGUUGGCGUUGCCGGCUCAAGCCACAACGCGGUGCCCUCCCGCAGCGUGCACAUCCGUUCCAAGAACUGCGUUCAGCUGUUACAAGUCUAGGCCUUUUCACAAGGUGGCGAUCUUUCCACGCUUCUUCCCCCGACUUGAACUUCCUAUCGACAGUGCGCUUUGGUUUUCCUCUUAUAUUUUGGGUUUGCGGGAACGUUUAUUUUGUAUCCGUGGUGACGUGUGCACAGUGUAAAGUGGCAGGGGGCACUGUGUGUAAGUUUCGAUUUGUUUUAAGUGUUUUUUGAAUGUGGCUGCCUUCGUGGCAAUAAGGUAUUAUUUUCUGGUGGUGGUGGUAGUGUCCUAAAAUGCACUUUAUUAAUGUGAACUGUAUCAUUAAUUUGCAAAGUUAAAUGUAUUGAGCACUGGAUUGCCUUGGAUUUCAAUUGCACAUGGAAUGAAGAUAGUUGAACACAGUCGAUGAUCUUUUGUUUUCCAGUGGGGACCAAUUUUCAUCAAAGGCCGCUAUGUGGGCCUGCAUUGCGGUGAUGUGCCUCAUGGACUGAAAACAUUUAUAUCCAAUGCUGUAUGUUAAGACUACGAAGAUAGACUACUGUGGCACAUGUCAUGCUUCUGCUUGGUGGAGGGGGGGUUUAUAGUUUGAAACUAGAUUCUCUGUUCUAUCCAAUCCCACUUCAGGCUUGUAUGUAGUCAUGUGGAAACUUCUUUAUGAUCUUAUUUUUAAAUGUUUUAAUAUGAAAAAAUAUAUUGAACAUAAAUCCAUUUGUCGUCACAUUAAAAACCAUUGGUGCAAACUAUAAGCAUAUCAUUCACGUCUUAUGAGAAGCACACUUCAUUUUGUGAGAUAUUCUUCCCUCUGUCCAUAAUUAAUAAUUUAUAUUAAUGGCUGCCAAAGUCCCGUAGUGGAAAAAGUUAUAUCGGUGGUAUCGAGAAUCUGGUUUUAACUUUUCACACUGUCGAGGGUUGAGUGACUUUGCUUGAAUGCACCUAUGCACUUGGCAGCUGCACUGCGGUGGUGGUUCAAUGAUGUAUGCACUCGCAACUGGCAUCAUUUAUUUACCUCGCUGGAGGAUCGAGGCUCGGAAUGCAAUUGCUUUAAGCAUUGCUGAGCUGUGUGCACACCAAUGUACAUGUAACAAUAUUCAACCCUCCACUUUGUGUGGCCCCCGAGCUGAAGCCACCAGUGUUGUUGACUACGAUGCCGUUAUAAGCCAAAGCACCUGUUUUUACAUUAAUCUUUCAUGCGAAAAUUAUUAUCUUGUGUCGAUAGUCAAGUGGUGCCGUGUAUUACUGAAUGUUGGUGGGUGGCAAUAGUGGGUAAGGUGUUGUAAAAAAAAUUCAGAUUUUUUUAAAGGACAUUUUCAGAUUGCUUUUCCCCCCCACGGAUUUACAGAUCCUUUAUAAAUUUAACAUUUUCUCCACGCUAACAAAAGUGACACCACCUGAUGCCAUUUGCCACACACAACCUUUGGUAGGAAAGUGCAUAAUUGACAUGCGUGACAUCAUUUCCUGUGUUGUCUUAUAGCUAGAGCAAUCAGAAACGAUAUGAAAAAAAUCCGUAUCUGAAAUGUAUCUAGACCCAACUUACAUCCCCAGCAUGUACUUGGUAUACAAAAAAAGAGUGGCUUUCUUUAAGACAAUGCAAAGCCCAAAUCGAAUGUAUAUUUUUAUAUCCUUCAUAUACAGAACACCAACAUUUUAAUUGGCGAUUAUUAAGGAUUAAGCCCUUCACCUCUGUUAAUAACGGAAUUAAGAAAAUUGUACGAUUAUGCAGACUUCGAUUGUGUUUUUUUUUGUAACUGUAUAAAAAUUGGUGCAUUUAAGAAGUGGAUAUGGAACGUUGAUAGUUCGUGGCACGAAUGCCGACUUUGGCUUUUAUAAUACAUGACGUUUUAAAGUUUGAGAGAGCGUUUUGAGAGUUUGUGGGUGGAUGCAGAAAUGAUGCAAAAUAGUACGGUGUGACCUGUAUUAGACAAACGUUGAAACAUUUUGGAUUUUGCCCAGUGCAGUCCCAUUUGCUUGUUACUCAGCAUAGAAUGUGUAUACAUUCUCAGGUAAUUUAAAUAUUUAGGUUCAAAACAUCUGUACUGUACAUUAGGUCAUAAAAGGUGAGGAGGGUAAGUAAUACAUGAAGGAAUUGCACUAGCGGUCUAUUUAAAGUUAAUAUAAAUACAAACUCUACAGUUGUGAUCUUUAAGUAAUUCAUGCUGUGAAAGGUUCUGCGAUCAAUACAUGCUCUCUUGCCAGCUGUUGUACUGCGGACUUGGUCAGUGGGCAGUACGAGUGGAGUUUGUUCUUUUGCUGACGUGGUUUAAUAACCUAAUACUGUAUUCAUGAACAGAACUUGAGUACUGGCAAUUACAAUACCCGGUUAUGGUGUCGGUAAAGCAAAUGGUUGCGUAUGUGUAUAAGAAUGUUUUAAUUUGUAUGUAAAGCUAUGCACCUGGAAUCGUUUUUUUAAAAGAAAUAAAAGUUAUUUCAGAGUAUUUUGUACAGUUA